AAGUCUUUUAUUGAUAUUUUCUUGUAACCAAAAACUAAAAGAAAGGUCAUCCGUCUCUUCCACUAUCCGGUAGAUCUCUCUCUCUCUCUUUCUAUAUCGAUCGAGUCUUUGUUGCUCGGGGGUUGAAUUAGAUUGAAAACAAAUGGAUGAAUCUCCUCUGGAGCAGCAGCAGCAACAAAGUCAAUCUCAUGGGCAAGAGAAGGAAAUAGUAGUAACUGAAGGUAGUGCCUUUGUGCAUGGUGAGCCUCCUCCUCCUUCUCAAGACGUUAGUGUUCCUCCCAAAGUUGAUAGCCAAGUGGAAGUCCUGGAUGAGAAAGUCAGUAAGCAGAUCAUUAAGGAAGGUCACGGUUCCAAACCAUCCAAGUACUCCACUUGCUUCUUGCAUUAUAGGGCAUGGACCAAACACACGCAGCAUAAAUUUGAGGAUACAUGGCAAGAGCAGCAACCUAUUGAACUGGUUCUAGGAAAAGAGAAAAAAGAAAUGAUUGGUUUGGCUAUCGGUGUUGGUAGCAUGAAGUCUGGUGAACGUGCGCUCUUGCAUAUUGGCUGGGAACUUGGUUACGGCAAAGAUGGAAACUUCUCUUUUCCCAAUGUUCCUCCUAUGGCUGACUUGUUGUAUGAGGUUGAAGUUAUUGGCUUUGAUGAAACAAAAGAGGGAAAGGCUCGCAGUGAUAUGACUGUGGAGGAAAGGAUUGGUGCAGCAGACAGAAGGAAAAUGGAUGGGAAUAAUCUGUUUAAGGAGGAUAAACUGGAGGAGGCCAUGCAACAAUAUGAAAUGGCCAUUGCAUACAUGGGGGAUGACUUUAUGUUUCAGCUGUAUGGGAAGUACCAGGAUAUGGCUUUGGCAGUUAAGAACCCAUGCCACUUAAACAUGGCGGCUUGCUUGAUCAAACUGAAACGUUACGAUGAAGCAAUUGGCCACUGCAAUAUUGUGUUGACAGAAGAAGAGAAAAACCCAAAAGCGUUGUUCAGAAGAGGGAAGGCCAAGGCAGAGCUAGGACAGAUGGAUUCAGCUCGUGAAGAUUUUCGAAAAGCUCAAAAGUAUUCACCUGAUGACAAUGCGAUUAGAAGAGAGCUGCGAGGCAUUGCGGAGCAAGAGAAAGCUGUGUACCAAAAGCAAAAAGAGAUGUACAAAGGAAUAUUUGGAGGAGGGAGAGAUGAAAGUGGUGGUGGCAAGGCUAAGAGCCGUUGUAACUGGUUGAUAAUGCUAUGGCAGUGGUUGGUGUCCCUUUUCAGCAGAAUCUUGGGACGCAACAGAGUUAAAGCAGAUUAGUGUAACUAUUUUGUUCUUUUAUGUUGCAAUGACUUUGAGAGACAUGGAACUUGUUAAUCUUUAUUAAUUGUGUGGAGAAUUUACAAAACA